ACACAGCCGAGGAGCAAGCGCUGAAAACUUGCAACGCGCCCGGGCGAAAGCGAACGACGCCGUCAUCUGGUCGGUGGUGGUUGGUGGUGGUAGUGGUUCCGCGCAGAGCAGCUUUCCUGGACGGCUGCCGCCGACGUCAGGUUGUCUCUCACCUGUGCGCACCUUCUCCGCCGCUGUGUGGCCUCCACUCUCGCCUUUGCGUGUUUUACAUUUUUUUUUACUUUCUUCCGUUGUGAAUUGCUCUCUCCCUGCGUGUGCGUGCGUGCGUGUGUGUGUCUGUGAGCGCGACAGGAGGAGAGGUGUAGGACGAAGGGAUGGAGAGUGCGAUGCUCUGAGUCUCCGCAAGCGACUGCUGCGAUCUCGCCGAACCACCUGUAGCCAGCGAGAGCGCGUUGUUUGGCCGGCCAGCAGGACAGGCCGCCAGUCAGUCGGCAACAGGGGGGUCCCAUCUCGGACCGCCAGUGCGUUUGUGGUGGAUAGCUGCCGUGCUCCGGGUACUUUCAGGAUGAAUGUCUGGAUAACCCUGCUCGCCCUGAUCGUCACCUUGCAGACCGGAAUUCCGCAAAAUGCAUCCGGUGCGCAUCACAAGUUGGCACGACGGCAAGCCGUGAGGCAACCAAGGCCAGGUUUCCGGCUGGUUCGUGCCCGCGUGAGGUCCACAACCUCCACGACCACGGCGAGCCCCGACGACUACUACUACUACGAGGUGCCCGAGGAUGGCCACACGCAAGCACCGACUCGGCCGCCCUUCAGGGGUCGCGGACGCGUGAUCGGCCGGUUCAGGGGUCGCGGCCAGCAGAGGCCGUCACCUAAUCCCAUCCCACCGCCACCGUCCUACGAGGAGGAGCUGGAACACUACGGGUACAGCUUCGGGCCUCCUAAGCAGACGUCCUCGACGACGACGACCACAACGACGACGACUACGACGGCCGCACCGACGGACCCUCCCAAAACGCUCUCGCCCAACUACAGGCAGCGCGCGGACGGUCGCAUCAUCGACUUCUACGCCGACCCGAACUUCCCGCGCGAACUGAAGGGAGCCGACCUGACCGACUACCCGUUCUACGAGAACCUGCCCGAAGACAUCAACUUCGACUGCAACAAGUGGGGAGACGGGUUCUACGCCAGCAUACCGCACAAGUGUCAGUUGUUCCAUUACUGCUACGGGGGUCUGCGUUACGACUUCCUGUGCCCGAACUACACGCUGUACGACCAGACCACCUUCACGUGCCGAUUCAUCAACACGGUUGAGUGCGAGAAGUCCGAGAAGCACUACGACCGCAACGAAGCGCUUUACAAGGAGACUACCACGGUGCCGCCUUCUACCGUGCCUCCUAGGCCUCCUCCGCCCCCACGCAAGAAGCAGUCGCCACUCAAGAAGAAAACGACAAGCACCACCACCACCACUACCGAAGCGCCGGAUGACUACGAGGAGUACGAGUACGAGGAAGACGAGACAACGACGACGGAAACACCGACGACAACAACGACGACUCCUAAGCCUAAGCGGCGAAGACUUAGGCCGCGUCUAAGGGGGUUCGGAGGUCGGAGCCCUCCGGGUGGUAAAGAGUAGGCCCAGACGCUCGUUCUGCAACAGUGUCAUCGUUCAACUGCCAUUCACGGAGCUGUCGAAGCUGUGUAGCGGCUUACGCUACACCAGCGAGGCGUUUACGCUUGCGAUGACUCGCACGUAAUGAUGCGUGUUCUAAAACAUUUUCCCGUCAUGUUCAGGUUUUUCUCGCUCGUAUCCGGCUUGAAGCUCCGGGGCAUGAUACGUAAAAUUAUGCUCUUUUUUUUUUGGACAUUCAUUUUUAGCGAGUUGAAAUUGAUGUUGAGUCAGCGAACAUUGUUUAACUGCGCGAGCAAACGAACCACAAAGACAGCGAGGGACAAGGACGGGCGCAGACUUGCAACUAAAGUUUAUUCCACAAGGUACACAUAUAAAUACACACCCGACAUACAUCACUGCGCGUGCGCGAAAAAAGGGGAAGGUAAAAGAAAAGUAAAACCUUGUAUAUGCGAAACGCGACCUACCUACGCUCGUCAAUAAACCUAAUCUCACUGGUAUGUAAAUAAACUGAGGUGUCACUGACACAUUGUUGUCCC